ACUAUAUAUACAGGGGUUCCUAAUAACCUCUUAGUAACCAAUUAUUUCUGAAAUGGCUUCUUCAGUAAUGUCCUCAGCAGCUGUUGCCACCCGCGGCAAUGGUGCACAAGCCAGCAUGGUUGCACCCUUCACUGGCCUCAAGUCCGCCGCCUCUUUCCCUGUUUCAAGGAAGCAAAACCUUGACAUUACCUCCAUUGCUAGCAAUGGUGGAAGAGUCAGAUGCAUGCAGGUGUGGCCACCAAUUAACAUGAAGAAGUACGAGACUCUCUCAUACCUUCCUGAUUUAUCCGACGAGCAAUUGCUCAAGGAAGUUGAGUACCUAUUGAAAAAUGGAUGGGUUCCUUGCUUGGAAUUCGAGACUGAGCACGGAUUUGUGUACCGUGAGAACCACAAGUCACCAGGAUACUACGAUGGCAGAUACUGGACCAUGUGGAAGUUGCCCAUGUUCGGGUGUACUGAUGCAACCCAGGUGUUGGCUGAGGUGCAGGAGGCAAAGAAGGCUUACCCACAGGCAUGGAUCCGUAUCAUUGGAUUCGACAACGUUCGUCAAGUGCAGUGUAUCAGUUUCAUUGCUUACAAGCCCGAAGGCUACUAAAUUCUCCAUUUUUUAAUGUAUAAAUGUCAACAGUGAGAAACUGUUGGCAUUUUCCGUUUACCUUUAUUUUGCUUCUUCUUUCUAUUCAGUGUAUGUUCUUGGAUUCCACUUGAAUUUAUCAUGAGAACUAAUAAUAGUAAUAAUCAUUUGUUUCUUUACUAA